AAUAGUCCAAACUAUUGUCACGUGUUGCCGCCUUACAAAUCUAACCUACUGUUUGGCCCAAAUACGGAGUGAGGAUCUUCCAUUACGUUCACACUUUUGACUAAAAUACCAAACAAUAGAAACCCCCACAAAAAGAAGAAAACCCCGACAAAAGAAAAGAAGAUAAACCACCAUAAAUACCAACCUCAAUAUACAACUUUCUUCCCCUCUUACUACUCUCUUACCAAACCUUAAAAAGCAAAAACCACUGCGAUACAGUUUUGUUCUCCUCCUUCUUGCUUCCAUCAUAUUCUAUGCUGAUUGGCCAUGACCCAAACCAUGUCUGGCCCAAAUGAUUGGCUUCAAUUCUACAAUCAAAAUCCCGCACCAUCAAUCCCUGACUUCACUGUUACCACCACCAGCACUGCAGCCACCGUCCCUACAACUUCUGACUUCCCAAAUACCAGUCCCUCGACUUCAACCCACUUAGGUCCAGAAGGGCGCGUGGGGAAACCUACGCGCCGCCGUUCUCGGGCCUCACGGCGAACUCCGACCACCUUGCUCAAUACUGACACCACAAAUUUCCGAGCUAUGGUUCAACAGUUCACCGGAGGCCCGAAUGCACCCUUUGCGCCAAGCCCAUCAGCAGCACCUCAGGUCUUGCCGAACCUCUUGGGCUUUGGGUUCCCCUCACGCCCUAUCCCUUCUCUAAGCCCAACACCCCUUGUCAUGUCAUCAUCACCACCUCUAAGCUACCACCAUCUUCAACAAGGUCAACAUCAUCAACAACAACAAAACAUGUUUCAGCAGCAAAACCAACACUACAAUCUGUACAGUGAUGGUGGCUCUCAAGGUGAAGACCACAACAGCAACAGCAACAUGUUUUUCCAGAGACUAAGUAACAACCCAGUGAGUCCUCCAGCAAGCAAUGUUAUUGUUAGCAAUAACAAUCGUGACGGGGUGGUGAAUUUGGAUCAGGGGCGCUUCUUCCCAAACACUUCUUCUUGAUUUAAGUGUGUAUUUGAUUCACUCGUUAGAUGCAGAUCCUUGGUUUGGAGUGAAAUUGAAAUCACGCAUUCAAAAUUUCCACACAUGCACCAGAGAAGAACACAGAAGAAGAAGAAGGAAAUUGAGCACACCCUUCUGAGUUUUGAGGUCAAGUUCUUGUCCCGUGUGAACGCGGGUACCAGUUUUUCUCUUUCAUCCGCAUGCUAAGGCUGGAAAGAGACAUAAAGCAGACAGUUAGGUGCUAACUUGGCCAGAAUUGUUGACCCACCCAUGUAAAAUAUUAUCAUAUAGUACACUCUUCUUUAGUUUUUUUUUUCUUA